UGCUAAUCAAUAAUCCUGAAAACAGCGUUUCGAUCCGUAAAUCACCACCGUACUCCGCCAUUCUCCACAAAGAUUCCACAGUGUGAAAGUACAAGUCUGCUUUCUACAAAGAUGUCUUCUUCUAGUAGCUCUCCCCCCCCAGCCAACAAGUUUCAGGGUCUGAAGGAUACGGUGCACAAAUUUCUCCACCAAAAGAAUGCCUUCACUGAUAUUCUGGGUACCAUUGAGGGCACUACGAAAGUCAAGAGAGAGUACAUGUUCUAUGGCUUGAUUUUGUUUCUGUGCGUGUACCUGGUGAUUGGAUACGGUGCUGGACUUAUUGUCAAUCUACUCGGGUUCAUCUACCCUGCCUACAAAUCAUGCAAGGCUAUUGACUCUGUUGAAAAGGAUGACGACACACAAUGGCUGACCUACUGGGUGGUGUACUCUGCCUUUGGUAUUGCCGAGUACUUUACAGACAUGUUCCUGUCAUGGUUACCUUUCUACUUCCUGGCUAAGUGUGGAUUCCUGAUCUGGUGCAUGAUGCCCAUUGCCAACAACGGCUCUAUGUUCAUCUAUCAGAAGAUUAUCAGGCCGUUUGUGGUCAAACACGAGAAAACACUGGAUGCAGCCUUUGACUCUGCCACACAGCUUGCCAAGGAUGCGGGCAAAUCAGUUGCUUCUGCUGCCAAGGAUGCUGUGGGAAACGUUGACCUAGCCACACUUCAGAAAGCCAAGGAUACCGUUGAAUCCUUCACGUCUGAAGAGUCUAAGAAAGACGACUAGAGACUGUAGUGUUAAUACUGCUUUAAGUUAGUGUGUAGUGUGCUACUGUAGAGCUGCCAUUCAGUUUGUAAAUUGUUGAGUGGUGUUGAUUUACAUGUUCCAAAAUUGGACACACCCACUCACUUGAUCAAAGUGGAUGUUUCCAAAAAUUAUUAAUUAUAAACAUCAA